UAAGACAUGUCUCUUAGUCAGAGAGGGCCUUCUGAUGACGAUAGAGCCGUCUUUUAGUCUUUCGUCAUCGCGUUUCUGAGACUGACAUUGCACUCCUAAUCGAAGUGCGUGCGACAGGGCGAGAGUGACAUCGGUGCAUGUCUGACUGCGCGAGCCUAGAGUUGAACAAACACGGUAGAAUGUUAGAGGGCAAUAUGCGUCAGUGUGAGCUGGAAUCCCUGUAAAUCACCAUGCGGAGGGAGCGUUAGGGAUUGCGGAGCGCAGUCAGCUGUUUUGCGUUUUGAGCAUCACCGAGGGGGGGCACGGAAGAUACCGGCUCAACGGCAUCGCUUCGACCGCUCAGGUGUACGGUACAGGAUGGAGUUCAAACAGCUGGUGGAUACCGCUGAGAAAUGGUGCACAGGCAACCCAUUCGAUCUCAUCUUUGCGGAGGAGGACGAUGAGAGACGUUUGGAUUUUUAUGCCGAACCUGGGAUAUCAUUUUAUGUUCUUUGCCCAGACAAUAUGACGGGCGGGACCGACAAUUUUCAUGUAUGGAGUGAGAGUGAAGAUUGCCUGCCUUUUCUGCAGCUGGCCCAAGACUACAUCUCCUCCUGUGGAAAGAAAACUCUGCUGGAGGUCCUGGACAAAGUCUUCAGGUCCUUUAGGCCUCUCCUAGGUCUUCCAGACAUGGAUGAGGACACGUUUGAGCAGUACCACGCAGACGUGGAGGAAGAGCCUGAGACAGACCAUCAGCAGAUGGGGGUCAGCCAGCAGUGAUGGCCGACCGAGAGACCCCCCCCCCCCACUCUGCUCCCUGCCAAACACCCAGACACACUCCGCUAAUUAACACACACACACACACACACACACACGCGCACACACACACCUGUCAUCCGCUUUCAUUCUCAUACUUUCACCCCUCCACACUCCUCAGUCCUACUUGUACUAUCUCCCUCUCUCUCCACAGCCAGGUUUUCUUCUCUACUGUACUUUCUGAUAUGCGCACAUAUAAUGUAAGUUGAUGCUCGGAUCUAUUUUGUGCUUAACUCAUAUCUUGCACAAAUGCUCAGUUGAACUUAAAAUUUAAAUUUUUGUCCACAUUUAAGUUUGGUGCUUGUCAGGUCAGAUGAUUGUCUUGAAAUGUACACGCAGUACACUCACGCUCACACACACGCACAGACACAGGCACACACACACACAUGCUCACACACACACUCACACACACGUGCUCACACCGGCCCCUCCACACAAAC